AUGUCUCUCUUUCUCUGUUGAUAUCUCUCUUUCUCUAUUGAUAUCUCUCUUUCUCUGUUGAUAUCUCUCUAUUUCUUUCACCCUCUCUAUCCAUCCAUUCAUCCAUCUAUCCAUCCAUCCGUAGCUCCCCUGAAUAACUACUCGAAUCGGGUUUGGACCCCUACUAAAGCCAUCAAGAUGCCCGCCUUCGAUGAUGCCGAUUUUGGCGUCGAUGUACCCAACAACAACGCUCAAACUAACCCGGAACAGGGAGACAUGAACAAGAAGGCCUCCUUAUCGGCUGGCAACCAUGGCCAUAUGGGCACUUCUCCUGGUGGACUGCCAAUUCCAGGAGAGCACACCGGCGACGGACCUAUUGAAGUACCUGCGUCGAGAUCAUCUGUUUCUGAGGCCGCCAAAUACAUGCAUAACCUGAGUGUAUCGCCUUCACAGAAGGACAGAAGGGGCUCGCGCAAUUCGUUUGGAGCUUCGCUGCCUAUCCCCCGGUCCAAGCGACAGUCUCGUCUGUCGUCGGUUCACUACCCCAGCGAAAAUGGACGUCCUUCCCGCCCAGGCAUGCCGCCAAUCCAGAAUUCGCGAGCGCUUUUGGCCUCACAGGUUCAGGACGUGCAGGUGGCCAAGGUCAAGAAGGCCAAGAACAUGGCCUUCGCCUUUGAUAUUGACGGUGUUCUCGUCCACGGAGACCGCUUGAUCCCCGAGGGUCAGCGCGCUCUGGACAUCCUGAACGGAGACAACGAGCUGGGCAUCAAGAUUCCUCACAUCUUCCUCACCAACGGCAGCGGUAAACCCGAAAAGGCCCGCUGCGAUCAACUCACCAAGAUCCUGCAAAAUCCCGUAUCGACCGACCAGUUCAUCCAGUCCCACACCCCCAUGUCGGCGCUGGCUGAUUACUACGAGACGGUGCUCGUCGUUGGUGGCGAAGGCUACAAGUGCCGCGAGGUGGCCGAAGUAUACGGCUUCAAGGACAUUGUGGUGCCCAACGACAUUGUCGCCUGGGACCCUACCAUUGCGCCCUACCGCGUCUUCACCGACGAGGAGCGUGCCACAUCCAAGCCGCGUGACUUUACCAAGGUCGAAAUUGGCGCCAUACUCGUCUUCUCCGAUUCGAGAGACUAUGCUACCGACAUGCAGAUCAUCAUGGAUCUGCUGCAGUCCGAGAAUGGCCGCUUCGGCACCAAGGCCAAGGACCCCGUUUCGCAGCGUAUUCCCAUCUACUUUUCCCAGGGUGAUCUGCUGUGCCCGACGGAGCAUUGGACCCCGCGAAUGUCGCAGGGCGCCUUCCGCAUCGGCCUCGAGGCCAUGUACCGGGCCCUCACCGGGGUCGACCUGGAGCGUGUCGUGUACGGCAAGCCCGAGCUGGCCACGUACAAGUACGCCGACGAGGUCAUCACGUCAUGGAUGGACCAGAUUCACGGCGAGGAGAAGUUGCCCGAGAAUAUCUACAUGAUUGGCGACAACCCGGCCUCCGACAUCAUCGGCGGUAACAUGUACGGCUGGAACACGUGCCUGGUGCGCACUGGUGUCUUCCAGGGCGGUGACAACGACGAAAACAACCCAGCCAACUUUGGCGUCUUCCCCAACGUCCUUGAGGCGGUACAGACGGCGCUCAGGAAGCAGCUCGGUGAUGACUUCAAGAUGCACUUUGAUGAGACUAUCAACCCCGUGCUGCACGGCGAGAAGGCGGAUGCAGCUGCUGUCGUAUGAUGGAUUGGUUGAUUGACUGGUUGAAACUGAACGGAUAUAAAAAGACCUUAUAGACUUGGAUCAUCAUUGGCACUGGAGUUUACGGUUUUGUUUCAUUUUCAUUUUCAAUUAUUUUCAAAUCGGGAUUAUGAAGGACAGGACAAGCAAGAGAUCUCUGUUAUUAUUGGUCUUUGAUGGAUCAACCCUUCCAGGAGUGGAAGCAUUCGAUUAGCGACUCGGGACAAGAUUAGCAUAGAUGAAUAAAUAAGAACACGAAUGGCAUCACAUUCGAGAAAACCUGGUCAGAAACUAAACUCUAGUUAUCGACCAAUGUGACAG